UCCGUUCUCCCUAUUAAUUUCCAGUUUCCAACUUCCAAUACAUGCAAAGCAGAGAGUAAAAAAAGAAAAGAAAAAUCAAGAAAACGCACUGAACGACAAUGGCAGGAGAAGUACCACAACUCCUCAUGAAUUUGUACGAAGAGAGUGAAUUUGAUGGAGAAGAUGAAGAAUCAGAGAGUGUAAAUCAUGAAAUGGAGGCUACAACUGAGAAUGUACAGUGCAUGAUUCUCCACAGGGCUGAAACAAGUAAGAAAGGUGAAGAGCUCUCCUUAGCAAAGUAUGGUGUGUGGAGACAAGAUCAGAAGAGUAGAGCAGCUAGGCUGCAGAAACAACUAAAGGCGAGGUGGGAGCUUGAGCAGCUAAUUCAGGAGCAAUUGAGUAGAUUCAACGCCCAUUAUAACUGUACUAUGGUUCCAACCAGGCUCAAGGAGGUUGCAGAGUUUCUUAUGCCUAAAUGGGCUCCACCUCAUGAACUAGCUGCAGUCACCUGGCUUGGUGAAUGGCGACCCUCUGCGAUCCUGGACCUCCUCCGUGGCCUGACAAACACCUCAUCAACUUCAUGGACUUCAUCACUAAGAGACUCAAAUGGCAUCGACAGGCUGCUCUCGCAGGUUAUCAACGAGAUACGCAUUGAGGAGGCAAUAAUUGAAGCAGAGAUGGCUGAAAUUCAAGCCACAUGUGUCCUUUACCUUCCUUUUUCGCCUCUCAACAAUCAUCGACCACGUAAUGAUGCAUUAAGUUGCAUUCAAGCUGAGUUCAACAAGAUUCAAAGAGUUAUCACUAAGGCCCAACAACUCAGGUAUAAGGCAUUGGAGUUAGUGGUGAAGAAGGUGUUAGUUCAAACUGAUGCAGCACAGUUCUUAGUGGCAUUUGUGGAAAUUCAAGAUUUAAUACAUAAGUUUGCAGAAAGACAGAAGUUACCAAAGCUUCCAGCCAAUGUCCCUGUCAAGUCCUUGUCUCAUAUCUCGAAGGAAAGCAAGAUCAAUAGAUUUUAGAGCUUAGCAGACAUUUUUAACUCUCUGUUAUUACUUGUAGUAUGUAGUUAAAACAUCUCGAAAUGUAGGAAAUAUGCACAUGUGUUGGAGAAUAACACCUUGUUAUUCAAUCUGUAAGUGAAAGGAACUAACAUCAGAACUAUAUUUUAACAAUAUAUGUUGAUUCUUUUUCA